GGAAUGGUUUAGUCAGAUUUCAUGUCAAAAGGUUUUAAAAAUAAUUUUUAUAUUGCGCAAGGAGCGUUAAAAACAUCACAACAAGGGCCUCCCUAACAGACUCAUUAUGAUUGUGAAAUCACAUCAAUGUUCAAUUCCUGCAUAUUUUUGCAUCAUUACCGAAUGAUAGAUAGCUUGUGAAUUUAGAUGUCAAGGACACAAGUUUUUUAAACUAAUGAUUAAGUUUCUGUAAAAAGGGGAUUGGUGACAAAAGAAUGCUUUUGCAGUAUACAAUUUGAAGUUUUGCUGCUGAUUUAAGCAAGAAUCAUGGAAGUUGAUGCACAUGAUUUACUAUCACGGACUGCAUAAAAUAAUGUUGCAGGCUGAUUCUGGUCCCUGGACAUUGAGUUUGACACCUGGAAAUACUGUAUAGUGCAAGUAAAUAUCUGGUUUGGUACUGGUGAGCUAAUCAUAGCUGGUACGUAGUAAUGACCGCUAUAUCUGUCUGUUUAAUUUACCUGAAAUCAAUCAAGGAAACCGAGUAUGUAGAUGUUCCCAUUGUACAAAACGCCUUUGAUACAGCAAAGUAAUCUCGAAUGAGGUUCAUAGAAAGAACAUCACACACAGGUUGCAUUUUACUCACUUGUAGGUGGAACAAAAUACAGACGAUCGCAAUCACUUUCUUACCCACUUGGCACCAUCCACAAUUAUUACUGUGACAUUUGUUGGGCCAAGUAAAGGCCGCGACUGCAAAUGUUCUCUCUUUAACGUUAUCUUUAGAUUUGUUUGAGGUCACAGGAAAUCUCUUUAGUGUCUUUAGAGUCAUGGCUGAUUUCUAGGACACUAAGCCGCCAUCAGCGUCUUCAACUCGAUGUCCUCCCCUCGUUUAAAGCAGCUGCUUUUAUUCAUGGUUACCAAACACACAUCCAUGUGCACUAACACACACACACACACCUCAGGCACACAUAGUCGGGGUGUCAUUAUCUUUUGUAUUGUCGCAUAUGGACCUCGUGAAAAUAUAAAUUACUGUUUAUGUCGGUUUUCAAAUCACUGCAGCAAAAACAAUAAUAAAUAUCAUAUAAUUUCUAAUACUCUAGGUCCAAUGCUUGGCUCACCAGACUCCAAUCCUGGUACCGUGGGUUCAGUCCCCACUAAGUGAAGACGUUAGAGUGACUGGUUGUUUGUUUCAGGGUCAAGGGUGAGCUGGAGUCCGUCAAGAAAGGAGGGUUGUCCCCUUGACUGGUCGCCAGUCACUCAUCAGCUCAUUCAUGAAACGGAAAAAGGUCAAAUACAUUGGGGUUGCGUUUAGAGCCAAAAAGUGCACGCUGGCUGAACUCCACUCCCCAAAACUUUCUUCGCACAGCACCGCCUGCACUCUUUUGCGUGUUGUAUGCGUCGACUUUUUCAAAAGGGAUGCGAGGUGAGCACGGUCUGAGGGUCCCGGAGGAGUGAACGUGGACGAGGGGAGCGCCGGCGACUGAGCAAAACGUUGACUUGUAAGCAGCAGGAGCCACACGCCUGGAUGCAUUUAUCACUGGAUACCAUGAGCAUGGUGGACGACAGCUGCCUCUCGCCCAGCAACUUCCACGACUUGGCCAAAGGGGGAGGCAUCACGGUGGGGGGCCACGUUCACAGCAUCGACGUCAUUCUGGGAUUCAGCAAAGAGCAGGAAUCCCUGCUUGGCCCCGCCGGCAUCCCGGGGCCGCAGAAGGUGGCCGUCGAGGGCGCGGCGGAGUCCGGGAAGCAGCACGAGUCCCACCCGUCCUACAGCGGCCACCUCGGACCUCUUCAAGACGAUAGCUCAGAGCAGCAGCGCCAGUAUCAGGAUGCUGACCUGUUUAGCAACAAGUGUGAGGAGGAACUGAGGAAGAGCAUCGAGAGUGACGAAGGCAAGUCACCCGAGCCGUGCAAGGACGACCAGCCCAAGAAGAAGCACCGGCGCAACCGUACGACCUUCACCACCUACCAGCUGCACGAGCUGGAGCGUGCCUUCGAGAAGUCCCACUACCCUGACGUGUACAGCAGAGAGGAGCUCGCCAUGAAGGUCAACCUCCCCGAAGUCCGAGUUCAGCUUACAAUGAGUUCACCUGCUUUCAAUGCAGUUUUUUUGGAGACGCUUUGGAAAGUGGUCCUUUUUCCACUGACGGUGCAUGUCCGAGAAAAAAACUCAGUGUCUAAGACCCUGAUGACGACAGGUCCUCCGUUGAGGUUCAUGCCCCGUUCCAGCACUCUCGUAUCCCUUAUCGUCAACCCGUGUGUACCGACCUUCGCCUGUUCUCCGACCGACCCCGUGUGGUUUCAGAACCGAAGAGCGAAAUGGAGGCGGCAGGAGAAAAUGGACGCCGGCACCAUGAAGCUCCACGACCCGCCGAUGCUGUCCUUCAACCGCCCGGCACCGGUCCACAGCGCCAUGGGCCCCAUGAGCAACUCCCUCCCCUUGGACCCGUGGCUGACCUCCCCGUUGUCCAGCGCCACGCCAGUCCACACCAUCCCAGGGUUCAUGGGCCCGGCUCAAGGCCUCCAGCCCAACUAUCCCGGCCACGGCUUCCUCAACUCCGGCCCUCAUCCGUCCAUGGGUCAGGGAAUGCAGAGCGUGGCGCCGCCCCCUUACCAGUGUUCGGCGCCGUACCCCGACAAGUUCCCGAUGGAGGACAUGGACCAGCGCAGUUCCAGUAUCGCUGCACUGAGGAUGAAAGCCAAGGAGCACAUCCAGUCCAUGGAUAAAACCUGGCUGCCCAUGUGAUUAACAACAGGGGACCGAUCGCUCCACCCAGCGCCAACAUGGUUGCCUGAUGCCGGUUACGACGUUACCCACAAUGCAAAGGAAAAAAAGGAUUCCAAACUGAGGAUUUAGACACUUUCCUUUUACAUUUUUAUGAUUCCUUUCUUUUUUAUAAAUCUCAAGGACAUGAUGUGUUUUGAAACUGCCCUUUUUGAACGUGCGGCAAUUUUCCCGUUCCCAUUUUCGGCUCUUUUGCUUUCCUUUAUUUGUCAAUUGUGUUGUUGUCUUUUUUUUUUUUCCUUUACAAAUUGCUUUCUAAUGCGCCAAUCAGAAUGGAAAGUACAAAAGCGUGUUAGAGCUACACUGAUUGGAUUGACUUUGUUGAACUAUUUUGGACAUUAACGUUUAAAAAAAUAAUAAUUCCAAACAAAAAAUAGACUAUUCUGUCUAAUCUUGUACAUGAUAACUUUGUUUUUGUUAAGUUACCAAUGUAUGCUUUUUAUCUCCACAAUACAUAUUUCCCCCCCUGCCCAAAAAGUGAUGAACCUUUUCCUCUGCAUCCAAUGGGUUUAUUUUUCUAAAAUUUCAACUUUAGUCUCUUAAGAUUCUUCGAGUAUUUUGACAUUUGACAAAACUUUUUAACUCCCCAAACAACCCAAGACUAUGCCUUCGUUCUCAUGAAAUGAUUCCCUUUUCUUCCUGGAAAGAAAAUACUUUUGUUCUUAUACCAUUCCAACUUGGGUUUUCAAAAAUUAUGAAUAUGUCCUUCUUAGCACUACCUAACUCCCCCACAAUUUUUUUUCCUACAUUAGUUUUAUUCCAAAAUUGUCAACUACGUUUUCAAUAGAAUGCAUCUGCUUCUCUAAAAAUGACUUUUUUUUUUUUGCGUGAGGGAUUAUGACUUCCUGAUUUUAUUUUCAGAUGAUUUAUUUCCUCUCCCAGCCUCUCCCCCCUCCAAAAACAAGUGCCCUUUUCUUGUUGCACUACAACUUCAUCCCCCCCCCGAAAAUAUUUUUCUGAUUAAAAAAAUAUCAGGAAAUUCUAUUCUCAUACCAUAACAAUUAAUUUUUCAUGAAAUUUUGAAUGUCAUUUUUUUUCUCAUGAAUGUAUGACUUUCUUUUAAAAAUAUUUUUUAAAUAUUGGGUUGUUUUUUUUAUAUGUAUAUGAAAUUCUAACUUUAUCCUCAUAGGAGUACAGCUUGGGUUUUUUUUUUGUUAAAAAAAAGUUAGUUUUUUUCCUGUGAAAAAUGAACUUCAUAUUUUCUCAUAUCACUACAUCAACUUUUUUUCCCACCAUCAUAUCAUUAAACUUUUUUUUUUCAGUGUGCACUGAUACUCCGAUUUCGGUCGAUCGCUGGACAAGUUCCUUAAAAGUUUUUUUUUUCCCCUUACCCUUCUACAAUUAAGGAGCAAUUUGUCUUUUGGUCGUUUGGACGGUACUUUUGCGUAAAAUAAUUAGUCCUGUGGUGGGUACAUUAGUAGAGCUGGUACCUUUAGCGGUAGAUCUAGAGUUCUAGUGUACCCCUAUUCCUCACAUUGUGGGUGCAUUUAUGCCUGCAGCUCACUGAUGACAAAAAAUAUAGAUAUGUAAAAAUAAUAAUUGCGCAGAGGCUGGCAAAUUGUGAGGUAAAACGGCACCUUCUAAGUGGGAAUAUACCAAAAAAAAAUAAUAAUGAUGCACAGUUGCGUUGUUGGUGUGCUGUCAUGCUUUAAUGAGAGAGGGAUGGAAUGUAGUAAAUUUAAAAAAAUGAAGAAGAGGCCUGCAAGAAAAAAAAGACACCAAUAGGUGUUUUGCUUAAUUUCUUGUGCUUGAGUGGCUGUUGGAGGAGAAAGGCUGUUGGCAGCACAGUUUUGGGGGGCUGCGUGUACGUGCGGGGCAGUGCUGGGUGAUGCGUCACCCUACAUAGUUCAGCCUUUGUUCAGCACAAUUGAUCCAAGUGUUUUCUCUUUGUCUGCACUCUAGUGAGGGGUGGGGUGGGGGCGGUCUCAGGCAGCACUAAAUAGACCCUUGUAACCAUUUGUGUUUCCUUCUCAAUCAAAAGAGGGGACACAUCGAUUGGAGCUGCUAUGAUCAUCAGUGACACUACAUUGGUCUUUUCCAUCCAUCUGUCCGAGUUUGGCUCCAGUUAUUGCAAAAUCACAAAGUUCACGUUUGGAAUACUGUUACUAUCAAUCAGUUGCUUUUUUUUUUUUUUUUUUUGCAUUGUAUGCUGUUUUCUUUUAUUGCGGGUUAUUGCUUCUUGCUGUCUGGACAUCUGAUUGGACCUCCCAAAAUCAGGAUUACCUUGCACAAGUAGAGCUUCCUCCAUAUGUGAUUUGGAACCAUGAAUAAGCCAAAGGUUACGGACAAAACUGCACUACAUGUCUAUGUUUUUUGUUUUGUUUUGUUUUUCUAAAACCGAAAACAGGGUUUCUCUUUUUUUUUAAUCCCCUGUGAUGGUGAUUUGUUUGUAGAACAAUGUGUUAUAGUCAUAGCAUCCCUUUCUUUCCUUUUAUCUGGAACAUGGAAGUGGGUACUCUGGAAAGACGUGAAUCAAGAUCUACUGGAAAUAAAUAUAGUUUGAUAGAACAUGUGUCACUGCUCUUUCACUUUCAUGUUGACCCGCGUGCCCAUUCCCACCAUUUUUUCCCCUUCCUUUUAGCCCAGUAAAUCUGGCGCAAUCCAAGAUUACAAGAGAAUAAUCGUUAUCAUCUGACAUCCAUGCACAGAGACAUUUUUCUUUCUUUUCCUUGUGCUUGUCACUUGUGCUCCAACUCCCUCUCUGUGUGUCUCCCCUCUUUCAUUUCCCCCCUCCCCCCCAAUCUUCCAUAGUUGGCUGGCAGGGUGCCAGCCCGUUAGGAAGAUGAGACUCCAAUCAAUCAGGGCUUCCCAGAGGGGGCGGGGGGAGGGGGGGUUCUCCGACCACAGGGCCCGGCUCUCUAAUUGCCCCCAAGCGAGCGAGCGGGCCGAGCCGGCGCAACACAUGUUAACGGCGGUAGCACUGCAUCACUUUCUUGGACAGAUGGACAGACAUAUGCACAUACAGCAGGCGCGUGGAUAAACAACAAAAGGGCACUGUUUACAUGUUUCUCUUGAGCAAAGAUAUCAGCUGCUGUAUCACACUUCACAGGGGGUUGUCGCUUUGAUUAGCUGCAGCACUUAAAAAAAAAUAUCCUAACUAUUGUGCAGGAAAGGUAUUUUUACUCCUAAACUACUCCAUUGACAGAUGUUGUGUCAUAAUUUUUUGUAGAUAGGAUCUUGAUUGUUUUACCUCCAAAAGCGAAUUUCUGUCAUCUUAUUUAAACUCACACCGUUUUCAGUGUCAAUGUGCAUUUUGGGCCCUGGCCUUUGAUGGGUGACUUAAUCCACCUCUUAAAAACACCAUGAUCAUUUAUCAAUUAAAGAAACCAUCAAUGCUAUCCAUUCGUCCACCCAUAUUCUGUGGGCUACAGGCCUGCGAU